AUGCACGUUCUCUGUUUUACGUUUUGUCUUUCCGGCCCUUGCGGCGGAUCGUCGAUUCCACGAGCGACCUUCGCUGUCGCGCCAUUCGUCUCCUCCAAGCACCAGAUCCCUGCUCACCACGCUGCACAUUUACUCAGUGACGCCUGCACAGAACACAAUACAACAGGAUGGCUGACCACAUACUUGCUGGGAAAUGCCAUUGUGUUAACAGAGGUUUCCAGCGCUCCGCCGUCUUCAGGCACGGCCGCAGUCGUGUCUCAGCCGAUACCCACAGCAACCGAGGCAGGCUCCGGCUCCGGCUCCGGCACCAGCUCCGGCACCAGCUCCAGAUCUCCCGCAUCUACCGCCACGUCGUCCGCAUACAUUUCGCCACCAACCGGCGUCCGCCCCGCCUCGACUGACAACGGCUGCCCUAACAUCAACCAGACCAGUUACACGCCGGCCGACGCCAACGGCGACUCGGUCAAGGUCAGCUCUAACUCGGCCCUAAUUUUCCGGCAGCUCUGCGAGGUCAACUACCCGUCCGGCGCCGAAUACGGGAACCCGAAUCUCUACGACAUCUUCAAGGUCUACGUCCCGAAUUUCCGGGAGUGCAUGGACCUGUGCGCGGCGUACAAUCAGGCGUACAUCGGCAACCUCGCCUCGGGCAAGAUGGCAAGCGGAGGCUAUUGCCGAUCCGUCGCCAUGGUCAAGCUCCCUGGGGAGUACUGCUAUCUGAAGAACGGGACCGGCGAGACCAGCAAGAUGGAUACGCAGGGACACCCCAAGGACUUUAUCAGCGCUAUAAGUCCAGACGUUGUAAUAAGUAGAAGUCGAAUGUCGUAG